AUGGCUGUUGGCGGUGCUCUCGUGGCCAGGCAAGACUCGCCUACGCCGCCUGUACCAUCAUCAACAACCACCCGGAGGAUCACCCUAUCCAAUGAUGCUCGCGCUGUCCCGACAGGCGCUGCUGAGCCGUCCUCGAUUACGACCAUCAUCGCCUCCAACCUCGAUCCCGGCGACAUGUCCUACACAUGGACAUCCGUCAACGUGCCCCAGGGCUGGUAUAUCCUCACCGCCUCGCUCCCUGAACGAGCGUACUCCGUCAACUCCCAGUCGUUCUUCGUCCAUCCCGGCAGCAGCACAGCAUGCUUACCCGUUGCGACCUCGAGCUCUUCGACAUCAAGCACACCGAGUGGAAGCCCUUCUCCUACAACAACAACGAUUCCGGUGGGAGCUUCUAGCUCUUCCGUCAGCAUCGGCACGAUUGUAGGCAUCAGCAUCGGAGCCGUUGCCCUCGUGGCUGCAAUACUUGCAGCACGGCCGUCUGUUCCCGACUCGGUCAUCGGUCGCCGCUCGAUCGACUCGACGAACGCAUAUCCACCCAGCUCGCCCUCGUCACCGAGCAACCUGCGAAAUUCGUCGACGCCCGCCCUCAUUUCCCGGAAUAACUCACUGAGGACCCAACAACCGUCUCCUGCACCCUGGACGAACACGAACGUGGUUCAGAGCCCGAUUUGCCCGUCGAGCCCUGCAAGCCCGAGCGAUGCCACGAAGCAGACGAAGCAGGCGAACCGCCAGUCGUUCGGUGCACGGAAACGCAAGCCCGUGCCUGCGUACGACGCCUCCCUCGCCGACGAGGCCGCUGCUGCCCCGCCGCCCGUCCCACCUCACCACGAGCUGGUCCACAAGAGCAGCUUUGGGCCUGGCGGCAUCGAGGGCAAGCCCAUGCAUUAUUUGAUCCCGGACAUGCCGAUGUCUGCGAAGGAUUAG